AGGGAUGUGGUAGCGAUCACGUCUUUCGUGAUGAGAAGUGAAAUUUUGUCCGACACGAAAUCGCCGUUCCAUCUUUCUGAUUCAAAAUUUAGAUCCGCUUUUCAUCGCUUGCGCAGAUCACAAAAACAAGACCAACGAGGACUCGUGGUGGCGCAAGACGCAAAGCGUGUUUAGGGAACGAAGUAGUCUGAUGUUUCAGGAUUUCAUGGGAAAAAGCAUUUCUGUGCUCUGAUAAACAGGAACUAGCGAUUUGCUGUACUUGCACUUUGGUUGCAAGCACUUUGCACUUGGAAUUUCUCUUCCUUACUGAGUCGUCGUUCUUUUGCGACAAAAACCUGGCAAGAUGGCGGAGACCUUCGCAUUCAACGCUGAUAUUCAGCAGUUGAUGUCCUUAAUCAUCAACACCUUUUACUCCAACAAGGAGAUCUUCCUGCGUGAGUUGAUUUCCAACGCUUCCGAUGCGCUGGAUAAGAUCCGCUACGAGUCCAUCACGGACCCGGAGAAGAUUGAGUCCCAGCCGAACUUCUUCAUCAAGAUCAUUCCGGACAAGACCAACUCCACGCUGACCAUCGAAGACUCCGGGAUUGGUAUGACCAAGAACGAGCUGGUCAACAACUUGGGUACGCUUUUGCGCUUCACCUUUUUUUUACUUCCUGCGCGUUUGCCUGGAGCUCGUGAUUGUCGCUUCAAGCGACUUGUUUUCAGAUUCUUUAAAUUGCCUAUGACUGCUGGACCUCAAGCAUCAGGCGAAGAUUGUGAUUUUGUCGUUUGUUUUUUGUUGUAUGUGCCCUCAUCAAGGAAGCCAUUGUGUAACUAUUUAAUUUACAACCACAGGUACGAUCGCGAAGUCCGGAACCAAGGCCUUUAUGGAGGCUAUGUCCGCUGGUGGCGAUGUUUCCAUGAUCGGUCAGUUCGGCGUGGGUUUCUACUCCGCCUACCUGGUUGCCGACAAGGUGCAAGUCGUUUCCCGCAACAACGACGAUGAACAGUACAUCUGGGAAUCCGCGGCCGGUGGGUCCUUUACCGUGGUCAAGGACACCGAGCAGGUGUUCGGUGAAGUCAAGCGCGGAACCAAGAUCGUCUGCCACCUAAAGGAGGACAUGACGGAGUUCCUGGAGGAGCGCCGCCUGAAGGACCUGGUCAAGAAGCACUCCGAGUUCAUCGGAUUCCCGAUCGAGCUGUACAUCGAGAAGUCCGAGGAGAAGGAGGUAUAAAUUGUGUCGCGUUUUUCUUUUUUUGCGGCAAGUUUCAGCUACAGGAGUGAAAAUGUUUGCUAGCCAAAUCGAUCUGAGAAGCCAGUCUGGCAGUCAGCAGGGAAAAUAUCAAUCCGUAAAAAUUGUAAAUAGGUCACGGACUCCGAGGAUGAGGAGGAAGAGAAGAAAGAGGACGAGGAGAAGGAAGGUGACGAGCCGAAGGUCGAGGAAGUGGACGAGGAGAAGGAGAAAGAGGAGAAGGCCAAGAAGACCAAGAAGGUCAAGCAAAUCUCCCACGAGUGGGAACAGCUGAACAAGACCAAGCCGAUCUGGAUGCGCAAGCCGGAUGAGGUCACCAACGAGGACUACGCUGCCUUCUACAAGGGCCUGUCCAACGAUUGGGAGGAUCAUUUGGCCGUACAAUUUUUAGUUUAUUGAUUCACGUGAUUUGAGUCGUGAACGAGACAGUCAGUAAUCGUAAAGUGGGCAGUGAUAUCGAUGAUUUCUCUCGCGAUGCUCAUCUUCCCCACGUCUCCUUUGUUCACGUGGAGACGCGGGUCCUAUGCCAUCGCUACACCAAAAUGGAUGUUUCUUCCAUGCAAGAGAUUCUGAGAUUUCGGUGAAUCUCUUGUCCAUAUGGCUUCCGACAUUUCUUUUGCUACGUAUGUGUACUCGUAUGGAAACUACCGUGGCUGAAGACGCCUGCGCCAUCUACAGAUCGUGUAGUAACAAGUCGGCUCGUCUGUGUCGCUCCACUAAGUAUUGAUUCGAAGGAGCACCACCUCGAAAUGCAACACGAUAAGUACUUCUUUGUUGUUUGCAGUUCUCCAAAACUUGACUUUAUUGUUUGCAGUUCUUGCACAGUCAGUGUGAAUGUCCGAUAAUUCCAACAUGAACAGGUCAAGCACUUCUCUGUCGAGGGGCAGUUGGAGUUCAAGGCAUUGCUGUUCGUCCCGCGCCGGGCUCCGUUCGACAUGUUCGAACAGAAGAAGAAGCGCAACAACAUCAAGCUGUACGUGCGCCGUGUCUUCAUUAUGGACGACUGCGAGGACAUCAUCCCGGAGUGGUUGUCCUUCGUCAAGGGUGUCGUCGACUCUGAGGAUUUGCCGUUGAACAUUUCUCGUGAGACCCUGCAGCAGAACAAGAUCCUGCGCGUCAUCAAGAAGAACUUGGUCAAGAAGUGCCUGGAAAUGUUCGCCGAAAUCGCGGAGAACAACGAAGACUACAAAAAGUUCUACGAGCAGUUCUCCAAGAACUUGAAGCUCGGUAUCCACGAGGACUCCACCAACCGCAACAAGGUCGCGGAGCUGAUGCGUUACCAAACCUCCAAAUCCGGCGAUGACCUCAUCUCCCUGAAGGAAUACGUCGACCGCAUGAAGGAAGGCCAAGAAGACAUUUACUACAUCACUGGCGAAUGCGUCGCGGCCGUGGACGCGUCUCCGUUCAUCGAGACCUUGAAGAAGAAGGGCCUUGAGGUAAUCUAUAGCCUUUUCUUCUCUGUGUUUGGCGCUUCAAAUGCAUGUGUGAUACUAAAAAAAAAGAGCAAACGAAGAUGGAAGAACCAUUACCAUCGGUAGCGAAUUUGGCUUAGCGAUUGGUGAUCCUGCUGUAGUAUUUUGAUGACCCACUAACUUCUUAGUCAUCCUACGGUGAAACUCUACUCUCAGGUGUUGUACAUGGUUGACCCAAUCGACGAGUACUGCGUCCAGCAGUUGAAGGAAUUCGACGGUAAGAAGUUGAAGUCAGUCACCAAGGAGGGCUUGGACCUGGAGGACGAGGACGAGAAGAAGAAGUUGGAGGAGCAGAAGGCUUCCUUCGAAUCCCUCUGCAAGCUGAUCAAGGAGGUGCUCGGCGACAAGGUCGAGAAGGUGAUGGUCUCCAACCGCGUCAGCGAGUCUCCGUGCGUGCUGGUCACUUCCGAGUACGGCUGGUCCGCCAACAUGGAACGUAUCAUGAAGGCCCAGGCGCUCCGCGAUUCGAGCAUGACCUCCUACAUGGUCAGCAAGAAGACCAUGGAGUUGAACCCGAACCACGCGAUCAUGAAGGAACUUCUCGCGAAGGCCACCGCCGACAAGGGUGACAAGACGGUGAAGGACUUGGUCUGGUUGCUCUUCGACACGUCCCUCCUGACGUCCGGCUUCAACCUCGACGAGCCGACCCAGUUCGCUGGUCGCAUUCACCGCAUGAUCAAGCUCGGCCUGUCUUUGGACGAUGACGAGGAUGAGGCGGAUGAGGACUUGCCGCCGCUGGAGGAGGUCGAGGGAGCCGACGCAGAGGCUUCCAAGAUGGAAGAGGUCGAUUAAGCGCACAUAACGGGGGUGCUUUGCGAACUCGAGUCUUGAAAUGUCAGGUGUUUCACGAAUGGUUCUUUAUGCUCCCAGAUUAGGGUUGCAAGCACGGAGUUACGUUUUGGGUUGCGAUAGAUUGCUGAUCUUGCCAUUGCCGCGCCGUGAAAAUGAAUUGCAAGUCGUCUGAUUUGGUGACACAAAGUAGAAUGAACCGACAAUGCACAAAUAGCGGGAACAAGACGUCGUGGACUUCUACGUUCGUAUGAGGCUGACCUUUCCGCCGGCAAUGUCUCCCUCUGUGAUGCGCACGUUGUGGUCCUCUUUGCAAGAUUUCGAUUGUUACGUAUUUCUGAAGAUGCCCUAGAUUUUCAACUAACUCUAUUUAGAUGAAGACAACUUCAACUACUUCCUUUGAAAGCCGCCGCACACUAGAUUCCUCUGCCUGCAGACAGUUGGCCCGCCGAUUUAUUGGCAUGCGAGAGGUCGUUCUUUUGGUUCAAUGGUUGUGCAACUUCACUUCUUGGAGCCAAAUUUCUCAACUUCACAAACCAACUUGCAAUGUACCUUUUACGAAACACGAAGGAAAAAAAGUAGAUAUUAUGUGAGAGCAGGACGCAGUGGAAGUGGUAGCUCCAUAACCAUACCGCCGCUCCCGCGAGUGCCUGCUAUUCCUGUCCUGUC